GCGGGAUCAUUGCGGCGAAAUUCUCCCCGCUCGCUUGCUCCUCGGGUUCCGAAAGGGAAAGAGAGACAUCUACCCGGAGGGUGUCCAGAUGCACUGCACCAUCCCGUCACGUGACGCCGCCAAAUGCCCGGGCUGGUGUCACUGGCAGGGAGUGCCACUAGUAUGGUUUCAACUUGAAACGCUGCUUCAAGCAAGCAGGGUUGUCAUGUGUCUGGCCAAUGUCCGCAGUAGUACUGUGAACAGCCAUAUGUCGUCGUUCCAAACUCCAAUUUCUGAGCCCCAUGCUUGUACAGCUAUUGCUACUGCUAAUACUACUAGUAGUAGUAGGCUGCUACCCAUACUGAGAAGGCUACUCAGCCCCUCACCCUCCUCUGGCACUCACCCUCUCACCCUCCUCAGCCGCUCGCUCCUCCGCUAAGCUCCCAUUGUGGCACAUGCUGCUGAUAGCUACAGGUGAAAGAUAGAGCCCCUGAGCAAACUUCCCACCCGUGAGGUGAUGUUGAUCUAGAACUCAAAGACAACUCUGAGGACACGAAGAGUAGAAUCCCUAGCCCCCGGGGGCGUCAAGCCACUCCAGGAAUUUGUGUGUCAAGUCUAUGCGGAGGUGAUUGCGACGAUUUUCGAAGCCCCGCCUCAAGAAUCGACUCGCGUGGAUUACGAGAAUGGUGGCGAAAUCCCCACACGUGGGCCAUCUCUGGACUGCGGGGGAAGAUCGCACUUUGCUGCUCCAUGUGGCAACGCACGGCACGAGGCAGUGGCGGGCCAUUGCCAGGGGGGGGCUGCUGCCAGGGCGAGACAGCAAGGCAUGCUGCAACCGAUUCAUCGUGUUGAAAAGGAAGUUCUACAAACACCAAAGGCAAAGCUUUCCAUCUGAACCAGCUACGCAGGCAGAAUGCACGAAUACACACGUCACUUUGACUGGGGCGGACUUUGUUGAAGCUGAAACAUUUCCUUCUGAUCACUGUGUUGAGACGCCGGGCGGCGCACACUGUGUGGAGGCCAAUGACCACAUUCACUAUGGUGACUUGAGUGACACCAUCGCAUGUGGUGGCAUGCAGCCUGUGGGGCCCUCAUGCCUGCUGCCACAGAGCGGCUUGCAUUGUGAUGAGGUGAAUGGCGGAAUGCAUAACAGUGACGCGAGUGGCAUCAUAACGAGUGAUGUCAUCAUCAGUGGUGGCAUGCAGGCAGUGGGGGCGCCAUGCCCGCUGCCUCAGAGCGGCAUGCCUCCAUGCCUCGUGACAUCACACUCCCUCUCAUCAUGCCUCGUGUCUUCACAGUUCCUCCCACUACACUCCCUCCCAUCGCACUCCCUCCCACCACACUCCCUCCGUCCACACGUCCUCCCAUCGUCACUCUCCCUCCCAGCACGCCUCUUUCCACCAUACGAGCUACCAAACUCAUCAAAGGCGUGCGGCGCUCGAAAUGCGCCUCGUGCAUCCCACUCUCUGCCCCAUCAUAUGUUGGGGUACAUCCCAAGAAAGGCUGGACGUUUGGAGCAAUUGCCCCCUCAUAUGUUGGGGUACAUCCCAAGAAAGGCUGGAGAAGCAGAGACGCAUGACUCUCAGCUCAGCCCCUUCCUUCGUGCGUCAUACCAACAUUCAUCCCCACCUACAUCCCGAGAUGCAUCUCCCAGUCAUCAUCAAACUAGCCCACUUGCAAAAUCUGGAAGCCAGCACAUAUCCCCACUCAGCCUGCCUGCUCAAGCUGGAAGCAUCAUGGGCCGGUCAACGGAGGCUAUUGCCCAUCUCGCUUCUAUGCAGCUCGUAGCGUUACCAACCCCCCGGCCGAGCUCGGUGUUUCGGCAUGAAGUCACGUCCGUGCCUUCACUGGCAGCAGCACCAGCAGCAGCAGCAGCAGCAGCAGCAGCAGCAGCAGCAGCAGCAGCAGCAGCAGCAGCACGAUCAGCACCACCACCGCCACCACCACCAGCAGCAGCAGCAGCAGCAACAGCAACAGCAACAGCGACAGCAGUAGCAACACUGCCACCAGCAGCGGCAGCAGCAGCAUCAGCAGCACCCUCAGAGCCAGGACCAGCAGCAGCAGCACGAGCAGCAGCAGCUGGGCCAGCAGCAGGAGCGCUAGGCUCCUCUGUUCCAGCAGCUUGUGAAGCUGCCAUCGAUCGUCACCUUUUCCAACUGUGGGAGGCAGUGACUCCUCUUCCCGCAUUCCCCUCCCUGCAAACACAUGUGCCACAUUACCCAAGCUACAGCUCCUUUCCAAUGCGAGUCCCUCCACUUGCACUUGGGGCUGCUGGUGGUGGGGAGCGUGUAGCCCCCGAAAGAGGUGUGAGCAAGGAAUAUCCCGAGUCGACUCGAAAUACACUGGGACAAGUCCCACUGCUUGUGCUUGAAGCUGGUGGUGGUCGGGAGGGUGGAGCCACCGCAAUAGGCGUGAGCAAGGAAUAUUUUAAGCUGAAUCAAAGUACACCAGGACAAGUUCCACCGCUUGCGCUUGAGGCUGCUGGCGGUGGGAAAACGGGAAUCACUGCAAGAGGCGUGAGGAAGGAAACUGGGUGGAGUGUGAACGCGGGCAGAGGGGAUGGCAUGGAUAAGGGCAUGGACAAGGGCAUGGAUAAGGGCAUGGACAAGGGCAUGGAUAAGGGCAUGGAUAAGGGCAUGGAUAAGGGCAUGGAUAAGGGCAUGGAUAAGGGCAUGGACAAGGGCAUGAGCAGCCCCUGUUCAGCUCAAUGCUAUGACGGAUUGAGUUGCAGUAGCCAAGGUGGCAAGCCCGACCUCUGGCGUGCUUGUGAGGUACACCUCAACCUCAGCAGGCCCGUGACAGCAGGCUGCGAGGAAAGCUGGCUUUCUGCUGAUAUCUGCUCGCUGCAGCAGCUGCUGCAGCAGCAGCAGCAGCUAAAUGUCGAGCUUAGCAGCCUCAAGGGAUUAGAUCCUGGCGUCUUGACGUAUGGUAAUCUGCGGCCAGAUGCGCUUUUUGAAGCCAUGUGUGGGGGGGCUGCUCUCUGAGAGUAUUUUAUUGUUUGAUGCUUUCUUUGUUUGUUUGUUUGUUUGUUUGUGUGUGUACAUUCAUGUGUAAAUAUUUUUCAAGUUG